ACGCUCUGUCCCACGCUCUCCCAGCGCUCGGUGGUUUAAAGAUGGCGGCGGCGGCGGCGGUGUUGGGGACGCGGAGCCGCGGGAGGAACGAGAAGGAGAAUCUGUGAGUCGCCGAGAGGCAGCGCGGCGGCUGCUUUGAGGAGUCUGCGUGCGGAACCGCCGACGGCCCUACCGCUCGGGGCCGGGGCCUGGGCUGGGAAGGAGAGGCCGGAGCAGCGCCGGGAGCCUGAGGCCGAAGCCGAGUAGGAAUGUGACCUGGGGUCGGCGGGGGCGCGGGAGUACGCGAGCGCAGAGAUGGGGCAGCAGGUGGGCCGCGUUGGGGAGGCUCCGGGGCUUCAGCAGCCGCAACCUCGCGGGAUCCGGGUCAGCAGUGCAGCCAGGCCCUCCGGCCGCAGGCGGGACCUGGCGGGGCGCACCACAGAGGCCGGCUUCAAUAUCUUCACCCAGCAUGAUCACUUUGCCAGCUGUGUGGAGGAUGGCUUUGAGGGAGACAAGACUGGAGGCAGUAGUCCAGAAGCCUUGCACCGCCCCUAUAGUUGUGAUGUUGAACCCCAGGCACUGAAUGAAGCCAUCCGGUGGAGCUCCAAGGAGAACUUACUUGGAGCCACUGAGAGCGACCCUAAUCUCUUUGUUGCACUUUACGAUUUCGUAGCCAGUGGUGAUAACACACUCAGCAUCACUAAAGGUGAAAAGCUUCGAGUCCUUGGUUAUAACCAGAAUGGUGAGUGGAGUGAAGUUCGCUCCAAGAAUGGACAAGGUUGGGUGCCAAGCAACUACAUCACCCCAGUGAACAGCUUAGAGAAACAUUCCUGGUACCAUGGACCCGUGUCACGCAGUGCAGCAGAGUAUCUACUCAGCAGUCUAAUCAAUGGCAGUUUCCUGGUGCGAGAAAGUGAGAGCAGCCCCGGGCAGCUGUCCAUCUCGCUCAGGUACGAGGGGCGUGUAUAUCACUACAGGAUCAAUACGACCACAGAUGGCAAGGUUUACGUCACUGCGGAGAGCCGCUUUAGCACCCUGGCAGAGCUUGUGCACCAUCACUCCACGGUGGCUGAUGGGCUGGUGACAACGUUACAUUACCCAGCGCCCAAGUGUAAUAAGCCCACAGUCUAUGGUGUGUCCCCCAUCCAUGACAAAUGGGAAAUGGAACGAACGGAUAUUACCAUGAAGCACAAGCUUGGGGGUGGUCAGUACGGAGAAGUUUAUGUUGGCGUCUGGAAGAAAUACAGCCUUACGGUUGCUGUGAAGACGUUGAAGGAAGAUACCAUGGAGGUGGAAGAGUUCCUGAAAGAAGCUGCAGUGAUGAAGGAAAUCAAGCAUCCUAAUCUGGUCCAACUAUUAGGUGUGUGUACUUUGGAGCCACCAUUUUACAUCGUGACUGAGUACAUGCCGUAUGGCAACUUGCUCGAUUAUCUCCGAGAAUGCAGCCGAGAAGAGGUGACUGCAGUGGUCCUGCUGUACAUGGCCACUCAGAUCUCCUCUGCAAUGGAGUAUCUAGAGAAGAAGAAUUUCAUCCAUAGAGAUCUCGCAGCCCGUAACUGCCUCGUAGGAGAAAACCAUGUGGUGAAAGUGGCCGACUUUGGCUUAAGUAGAUUGAUGACGGGAGACACCUAUACUGCGCAUGCUGGAGCCAAAUUUCCUAUUAAAUGGACAGCACCAGAGAGUCUUGCCUACAAUACCUUCUCAAUUAAAUCUGACGUCUGGGCUUUUGGGGUACUGUUGUGGGAAAUUGCUACAUAUGGAAUGUCACCAUAUCCAGGCAUUGACCUGUCUCAGGUGUAUGAUCUACUGGAGAAAGGAUAUCGAAUGGAACAACCUGAAGGAUGCCCCCCUAAGGUUUAUGAACUUAUGAGAGCAUGCUGGAAGUGGAGCCCUGCUGACCGGCCGUCUUUUGCUGAAACACAUCAGGCUUUUGAAACCAUGUUCCAUGACUCCAGCAUUUCUGAAGAGGUAGCUGAGGAGCUUGGGAGAGCCGCCUCCUCCUCAUCUGUUGUUCCAUACCUGCCCCGACUGCCUAUACUUCCUUCCAAGACCCGGACGCUGAAGAAACAGGUGGAGAACAAGGAGAACAUCGAAGGGGCACAGGAUGCCACAGAAAAUUCUGCUUCUAGUUCAGCACCAGGGUUCCUUAGAGGUGCACAGGCCCCCACUGGGUCCCCAGCACUGCCUCGAAAACAAAGAGACAAGUCACCCAGCAGCCUCUUGGAAGAUGCCAAAGAGACAUGCUUCACCAGAGACAGAAAGGGAGGCUUCUUCAGCUCCUUCAUGAAAAAGAGAAAUGCUCCCACACCCCCCAAACGCAGCAGCUCCUUCCGAGAAAUGGAGAAUCAACCCCACAAGAAAUAUGAGCUCACGGGUAACUUCUCAUCUGUUGCUUCUCUGCAGCAUGCUGAUGGGUUCUCUUUCACUCCUGCCCAGCAAGAGGCGAAUCUGGUGCCACCCAAGUGCUAUGGGGGGAGCUUUGCGCAGAGGAACCUCUGUAAUGACGAUGGCGGUGGGGGCGGGGGCAGUGGCACCGCUGGGGGCGGGUGGUCUGGCAUCACAGGCUUCUUUACACCACGCUUAAUCAAAAAGACACUGGGCUUACGAGCGGGGAAACCCACAGCCAUUGAUGACACUUCCAAGCCUUUUCCAAGGUCAAACUCUACAUCUUCCAUGUCCUCAGGGCUUCCAGAGCAGGAUAGGAUGGCAAUGACCCUUCCCAGGAACUGCCAGCGGUCCAAACUCCAGCUGGAAAGGACAGUGUCCACCUCUUCUCAGCCAGAAGAGAAUGUGGACAGGGCCAAUGACAUGCUUCCAAAAAAAUCAGAGGAAGGUGCUGCUCCAAGCAGGGAGAGACCAAAAGCCAAACUUUUGCCCAGAGGAGCCGCGGCUCUUCCUCUCAGAACCCCCUCUGGGGAUCCAGCCAUUACAGAGAAGGACUCUCCAGGGGCGGGGGUGGCUGGAGUGGCAGCUGCCCCAAAGAGCAAGGAGAGGAAUGGUGGGGCGCGACUCGGCAUGGCUGGAGUCCCAGAGGACGGCGAUCAGACAGGCUGGUCUUCUCCGGCCAAGGCUGCAGCAGCCCUCCCAACCACUCACAACCACAAAGUGCCAGUCCUUAUCUCACCCACUCUGAAGCACACUCCUGCUGACGUGCAGCUCAUUGGCACAGACUCUCAGGGCAAUAAAUUCAAACUCUUAUCUGAGCAUCAGGUCACAUCCUCUGGAGACAAGGACCGACCCCGACGGGUAAAACCAAAGUGUGCCCCACCCCCACCCCCAGUGAUGAGACUACUGCAGCAUCCGUCCUUGUGCUCAGACCCCACGGAAGAGCCGACCGCCUCGACUGCAGGACAGCCCGCACUAGAAACACAGGACGGAGGGAAAAAGGCCGCUCCGGGGGCAGUACCUGGCAGUGGGAAAGCUGGGAGGCCAGUGAUGCCUCCGCCUCAAGUGCCUCUGCCCACAUCUUCCAUCUCGCCAGCCAAAAUGGCUAAUGGCACAGCAGGUACUAAAGUGGCCCUGAGAAAAACCAAACAGGCGGCUGAGAAAAUCUCAGCAGACAAAAUCAGCAAAGAGGCCCUGCUGGAAUGUGCUGACCUACUGUCCAGUGCCAUCACAGAACCUGUGCCCAACAGCCAGCUGGUGGACACUGGCCACCAGCUCCUUGACUACUGCUCAGGCUAUGUGGACUGCAUCCCUCAGACGCGCAACAAAUUUGCCUUCCGAGAGGCUGUGAGCAAACUGGAACUCAGCCUGCAGGAGCUGCAGGUGUCUUCGGCCGCUGCUGGGGUGCCCGGGGCCAACCCUGUCCUUAAUAACUUAUUGUCAUGUGUGCAGGAGAUCAGCGAUGUGGUGCAGAGGUAGCCACUGUGAGCCUCGUGGGAAGAUGCUCACAGUUCUGAGGGAGAGGGGGAGGGACUUGUUUUCCUGUGUUCUUGUUUUCAAAAAAUGAAAGACUGAUACUUGAGUGUGUUUAUGUGAAGUACCUCAGAUCUCUGAGUUCUCACGUUUACAGGUUCAUCUCAAAAAUAACAAAAAACAAAACACGUAGUACAGGGAAAUGAGAUGGGGACGGAGCAGUCGUGGACAGGAUUGGAAGGUGCCCCGGGACAUCAGGGAACGUGUGUAUGUCAGGCCGCGAAGAACCCAGUGCAGGCCACUCCUACCCAGGAUGCUGCGCGGUGAUGUCGUGGGUUUGCUCUCGGCAGGGCUGCAGGCCCGCGCCUGCUCGGGGACUGGCUGUGCCACACAGGAGGGUUGACUUGCGGCUCCACUAGGUACUAUUGGUAAUGUCACUCCACCUCGUCAAGUGAAUGGGGUGGGACAGAAGAAGGGAAAGCUGGGAAUGUACCAAGGGACCUUUUCUUUGAGGCUGCUGAGCGCAGCUGUUUCUGCAGAGCUCCCUGCAGUAGUAGGAACUGCAGAUCAGAUCGCUGGGUGUGCUCCCAUCUUCUCCCCCAUGGUGUGCUAGUUGGUGCAGGAAGUGAAAGAAUGCUAGGAAGUAGUCAGGGAGAUUGAAACCUCCUUCUCACAUCUUCUCCACUGAUGAGCAGAAGUCCUUUCUCCCAGUCUCGUGAUUUCCUGAUGGACCAGGAUUGGGUUUCUACUUGCUGGUGCCCAUCUAUAAAUCAUAGGCAUGGGGGUAGACCUUCGUGGUUCCUCUCUGCUCUGCGCUGAGCAGGCUGUCUUCCUUUAUCUCUGGCAGUAUUCGGGGCAUUCACCAAUGCUGAUUUUGAAAAUAGUGGUCAUGUACAGGUUCUCUUGGAAAUCCUUUUCUGAUAUGGUGUCCCUGCAUACCAACAUACUGGCCAAGGAAUUGAGCAGCUCUGUAUUUUUUUUAAUCAGCUAAAAUACCAGGGAGGGAGGUCCCUUCUUGGAAUCCAACAGUGAGGUUCAGAUGUCUGUGACAAGAGUUUUCGAGAGGCUAACUUGGUCCCAAUCACCAUUUCUCUGUACCUUUCUCCUCCCUUAUCAACUUAGACUCAGGCUAGGUAUAGGAUAAGGAAAAACAUUCUCUCACUCUCUGUGGAUUUCAAGUGAAUCACCCCAAAUUAUUCUCCUAUGCUUCUCUCGUCUCACAUAUCUUCCUCCCCCUUGUUGUUGUGCUUAUCUGUAAAUAAUCUUAUUGGGAACACUCUUUGAUAUUUAUUUUGUCAUUUCACCUCUCCUUGAAAAAUGCGUAAUUGAGGGGGCAGGUCAUUUCCAGGAAACACUGAUUAAAUCCUAGAAACCUAAUGACUUAAUCCCCAAAUGUGUUUUGCCUUGAAAAAUGAGCCGUUUCCUUUCUGUUCAGUUACUGUUAUGGAAGCUAAUUAAGAUCAUAUGAACUGAACCUAAUCAGUUAGAUAUUACUAAUAUCCUUGAUAUCAGGUCUAAUUUUAAUGAACACUUCAUUCUCUUUUUAAAGCUUUACAACCACCUCCCACACCUGCCCAAGGAGAACCUGAUACAAGAGAAUAAAUACAUUAUUUUCUUCCCAAAGGAAUAUUAACUUAGGAAGAUAAGAAUUGAACACUGAUGGCCUGUGAUUUUUCUUUCUGGCUCUGUCAUCGAUCCACUGUCAAGCCACAGCCCCAUCUCUUAAUCUGUUGAAUGAAGGUAAUGCUUCAUCUUCUUAAGGGCUAUUUGCAAAUAAGUGUAUAGCUCUAUCCCUUUGAGAGCUGUUUCAGUGCAGCCUUGUUACGUUGAAUGAUUUGCAUUCUCUUCUUUGCUCAGUAGCAGUCAUGGAAAUGUUGAAGUGCCGAGAUGAUCCUAACUGGGCUAGAAUACUAAGGAGGAAAAACUGUGUUUUGGACAGAGUUCGUCAUCUUUGACCAAGGAGGAAAUUCAGUUUUCAUUAGACAGAAAACCCUGAUUCUUACUGUGGCUGCUCUGAAGGAGGCCCAGGUCAGGAGCAGGGUAAGAAGGGAGGAGACAAUCCCGGGCCUUCCUGGGAGGGUGUGGAUGAGCCGUGGCCAGAGGUUAACAGGCAGCACAGGCCGCUAGCGAUCCAGCAGAGCUUCCUGUGGUAGGUGGACGAGGAGACGAGUUCCCUUUAAUCUGAACAUGGGCCCGUGGUCCUCCGUGGUCCUCCCACUCUCUGCCACUCCCUUUCAGCAGUCAUUUCUGUGAACUUGAAAUCGUUUUAGCCAUUAGCCUUUUUUAAGGGUGGGACAGGGAAAGCUAAAACUUUAUAGAGUAUUAUGCUGCUUUUUAAGUUUAUCUGUCAUUGUGGGAUGCAAGUUGAUGGGUUAAUUAUAAUUGCGUUUUUUCAGGGGACUUUUUUUUUUAAAAGCAAAGGAUCUUUCCUUGAGAGCUCUGAAAAUAAGCCUUGGAGGAACACUACUGAGUGUGUGUAAGCUCCCUGGUUUUCUUAUGGCAGAACAGUCUUGAGGACGGGGACAGUGUCUUACUCAGGGGCAGCACCUGGCUCUGUCUUGCCUGCAGUAGGUGCUCAAUAAGUUCAUGAAAUGAAUUUGCUUUUUCUCAACACUGUCAAGAGCAGCAUGAACGAUUGUAGCACAGCCCAGCCACAUGAUGCUUGAACUGUGUGGGACUCCAGGGUCAAGUGAAAGAGGCACUGUCAACUUACUCUAAAAAUAUCAUUUAGAUUGCUCCUUUUUCUAAUAGAAAAGGAUUCGAUUUUUAAAAUAACCUUAUGUAAAUUUAAAAGUUUGAAUUCACAGCAGAGAAAACUGCUUCUCCAAGACUUAAAACGUAGUCGUCUUUAAAAGCAAAGCCAGGAGCACGAGGCCUUCUGCAAGAGUUUGACGACUUUCUCACGUGGCUGAUACAUGUGCGCACCUUCGGGCUGGCACAGCCUACGUCCUUUCAGCUCUGGAUAACAGGGUUUCAGUGUAGAUUUCUUACCUUAAAACGCAGUGUUUUGUGUAGAAUACAUCUUGAUUAUGCUUUACAUGAAGUAUUUUCUUAAAAGGCUUUGUGUAAAAUUGAAGUGUGUAUAUUUUCCUACAGACUUCCAUUGUGAUUUUCAGAGAUAAUAGCCUUAAAAAAGAUUGGCCCUGAGAAAUUCAUUCGGUGUUUUUCCAAGUGAACCCCUGUUCAUUGAUAUCAUUAGAGAUCCUUUGCCAGUUGUAUUUUGGGUUUAAAUUAGAAUUUUCUUACAAUGCAAUUGAAAUUUGGCUAGUAAGAUAGUGCCCUGUUAACAAAACAUAUAGCCCAUGUUUAUUUAACUAAAGUCAUGGAGCUUUGGAGUUUUAAAGGAUAGUGAUUAAGAGUUGAGACUCUGAAGCCAGUCUAGAAGGCAAGUCAUUUAACCUUCCUGAGCCUUAGUUUCCACAUUGGAAAACAGGGAUAAUAAUAGUAACUACCUCAGGGUUGUUGUAAGGAUUCAGUGAGAUAAUGUAUGUGAGAUUUUCAGCUUGAGUGCCUGGCACUAACGAGCACUCCGUAAGCGGGCGCAGCUCCUGCUGUCACUAACACUCAGUCUGGUGAGUCUUGGCCAGGGAUGGGCAAUGAAAUCCCUGGCAUUUAAAACAGUCUGAUGCAUUGGCUUACCCAAGACCAGACUUCCCAGUGGGGUAAGGUCCCAGCUGAGAACCCCUCCAGGUGUUUUAGACACCCUGUACUGUCUGAACACUGUCAGGACUCCAGCCCUUUUCAUCACAGCUUCAGAAAUUGGAAGAGAGCAUGAUGAAGUUACUUGCCCACUGUCUCAGUUAGUUAGUGGCAGAGCCAAAGCUAUAUUGGGUUCAGGUCUCUGGACUUUCUGGUUGUGGGGUCUUUCCACCUUUCCUGCUGCCUUGUGAGAUACUGCAAAACAAAACAAAACAAAGCGGCUCAGAUAGACAAUCAGUCUGCACAGUGCUGCACACUUUCUAAAGCACAUGCGCCUGGCACUCUCUGACCUUACGGGUCUUGAAUGUUGAGUCAUGGCAACACCAGUGAAGCAGGCAUUCAGUAGAGCUCAGUAUUUAGAAAAAUGUGUGGGGUCAUUCUUUUGGACAGACCCUGGCAACACAGCAGUAGUCUGCACUUUGUAAUAAAAAAAUACCAACUUGAUUUUUAAAAAACCUAGUCCUACAUUCCUUUUUCUUAAAAUAAAACUUUAUUCCAUAUCAUUUUAAUGACUAUGAGGUAAUAUAUAUGAAAGCACUUUGAGAAAAGUAUCAAAUGUAAUUUAUACUGUCUAUAUUUAGAAGAUCAAACAGUCGGUUAGAUGCUGAUUGACUUAAUAGGCUUUUGCCUGUGGGAGACCAGAAAAUGCACAUAUAUAAGUAAUCACCCCAUGACUUACCACAUUUGUAAAUAGGAAACUAUUAAAUGAAUAUGUGCAGGCAUAGUAAGUGUUUUGCUAAAAUUGUAGCUCAGCCGAAUUACUUCAGAAAGCUGCGGACCAACUUUCUGGUUUAAAGAUUUUAUUUAUUUAUUUGAGAGAGAGAGAACAGGGGGAGGGUUUGAGGGAGAAGCAGACUCCCCGCUGAGCAGGGAGCCCAAUGAGGGACUCGAUCAGGUCCCUGGGAUCAGGACCGGAGCCGAAGGCAGCUGCUUAACUGACAGAGCCACCCAGGUGCCCACAAAUUUCUGGUUCAGUUGUAAUCAUUAAAAAGUAGUAAUGUGUACUCUGGAAUACAGCAGCUCUUCCAGGGAUCUUGACUCAGGAAGAAUUGAGACCCUCUCUUCCUUGACCAUUUUUCCACAACGUGUUCAGACAGCAUCCCAACAAGGUGGGCGCAAACUCGUACCUGUUGAUGUUGACAGUGUCUUUUUAAACUGAUGUCCAGUGUGAUUUUGUUGGGGGCUUUGGGAGGGGAGGAGAGAGGGGUGGGAUCAGAUGGCUGUAGAACCAGUGCACUUUGGGAAUUAGUUUUCUAGGAUUUCCUGCCAGUUCGAAAUGAGCUUGACAUUCAUCAUCUGUGUGUGUGUGUUUCUGAAAUGAGUAGCCAAACAAUUUGCCUAUUAGAUUAUAAAAUACCCCAGAGUAAAUUGCAUUGGUGGCCACUUUUGAGUUACAGCUACACUACAUUCUGACCUCUCGCUUCCAGUUUUGCUGUUAAUGUCAUUGUUACUAUCAGGCUCUGUCUCUACAGGAGUUUGCAUUGGGCCGACAGGGUUGUCUAUGUUUUUGUUCAUCACGAUUUUUGGGUUUCAUCAUCUUGCUUGGCAUUAACUUGUUCUACCUGGAUUUGGGUCCAUUUCUAGUCCUAAGCAUUUGUUAUGACAGUUUUCUUAUGUAGGUGGAUGUAUAUUUCUUCUUAUGAAUUAAUAGGACCCCCCCCCCCCCCUUAGCUAUCUACAGCUCUGUCUCAGCUCUGUCAAGCCAGUAGCUCAGGUUUUUGUAAAUGCUUUGGUUUGGGAUGUGUGGGAGCAGGAAAGAGAGAGGGAAAGACAGCUUCAGGGGGGCCUCUACCCUUCUGACAAAGGUAGGCCAAGGCAGCCCCACAGAAGCCUGUCCCUUCCGUGUGACAACCCAGGAAAUUGCCACUGGCCAUUAGCUUCACUAGUCAGAGAGGAGGGGUCUGGGGCUGGUUCUCAAGCUUGUCCCACUCUUAAUAGUCAGGAUAGUUAAAUCUUUGGACAGAAUUCCACUUUUCCAACUACCAGAAUUGGAAAAAUUCAAAUGCAAGGCUUUCUUUUUGGGCAAGCAGCCGGAGUAGCAGUGAUUGUUGUUACCUGCCCUGGUACUGCCAGAACUUCGCUGCCGCUCCCUGUCCUCCUGUAUUGCCAGGAAGUGUGGGUGGAUUUCCGGGCUGUGCAAUGGGCCACCUGUGCAGAGCGUCUACCCAGGUGACUAAGACAGCAUCCAAGUCUGUCUCACUUGAAGUUUACUGCAGUGUCCAAAAAGAGUUUACCUGCUCUGGGGCUGUUGUUUCUCAUGCCAUACAGAAGAUGUAGGUUUUGUCUUGAGAUAACACGUGUUAAGUGGUAUUUCCUUCAUUUCUGACUCUGUACCCUAGAGCCCAAGAGCAGGACAUUAGGGAAGUCUCCACCCUAUGAUAGGGUAGGAAGACCGCGUGCUUCUCCCUGGGUGAGGAGGCCAAGGCAGGUCAUCCUGAUUCUAGGAUGACUUGGAGUGGUAAAGGUCACUCUGAGAAUUGUGCCUUCAAAGAUGAGUUUUGUGCAUUUUGUGGAGGAGGGACGUGUAAGCUGGGUUGAUGGUGUACAAUUAGUGAGCUAGAACGGGCUAGGUGGGUGGUGGUGGCUCAGUGCCACAGUCAGUGAGAGUCCCUGCUUGAGCUGUCACCAACCCCCCCUCCACCCCGCCAUAGGGUGCUGAUGUGACAGACUGCACUUUCCUCCAGCCCGCUUGGUGAGCUGGGGGAAGGCUGCUCUCCAUGCACCCUUCCCUCCCUCCAAGUGCACAUCUCUGCUCUUGUGCACAGUUAGGAAUCUGAAACUGUUUACAUCUGUUAGAGAACUUACAUCCUUUAAUUUUCCCAUUGUUGAGUACACAUACUGAGCACAGUAUGUGUACGGCCCAAGGUCACAGAUGGCAUGUGAACAGAUCUAACCUGCAACCCAUCGGAAGGAAAGUGUGUCUCCUUUAAGUCGAAAGCCUAACCUCCACUUUGUCCUCAGACUACACCCCAUACGUGCCCUCUGUAUGUGUUCUGUGAAAACCUUUGUUCAUCAUUUUACUCAGAAGAGCAAGUUUCCGGGUCCUGCCUAUCCCUCCAAGUUGCUGAGCUGUACACACAGGGCUUGAGGUCUGGGAGGGUUGUAGUCAGUUCCUCAGGACAUGGUGGCGAUGAACUGUCCAACACCAGUGGGCUUCAAGAAAGGAAAUAGUCCAUAUUGUUGAAGCUUGCUUAUUGGGUUGUUUUUUUUUUUUUUUUUUUUUUUCCUGAGCCUCAGGAUAGGCAUUUCAGAUGCUGUAAUUAAGCAGCAUAAAAUUCAGUUGGAGAAUGGGUUAAUAAAGAUUCCACAUGUAAGGAUAGUUUUCAUCAGUCAUGACACAACAGUAACACAGGUAUGCCAAAUAAAUUUCUUCUUGAUUCAGAAGAUCUUGCAGGAUCAUGUAGGGCUUUAUAAAGGGUCCUCACUGUUGAAUCCCAAAUACUGUUCUGCAUGAUUAAGAAGCACCAUACCAUGUAUUGAGAGUUGGCAAGAAUGCCUGGAGACUGAGAUUUUUCUGGUAGGCGAGGGCCAGGUUAGCCAGCUUGCCUCCAUUUUGACAAGCCAUUUUUCACUGUGGCCACUGUUGGAAUUCCGUUAUGAGAGAGAUUUUCUGUGAUCUUAAGAAAUCACCAUGGUUAGGGCAAUUGUCCUUGGGAGAAAUUAGUAUUCAGAAACUAGAAAAGACAAUGAGGUACUCAGAGUUCUUUAGGGUAUAUGUUUGAAAACGCUCAUCUCUCAGAUCUGUGUAGAAGGGUACGUGUUCUGUCUACAUUCUGUACCUGCACCAUUGUUGUGCUGAAAAAUGAGGGGAGUCGGUGAAAGGGGAGUCACUCAGAUCUUUCCCCACGGUGAACAGAAACUGUGCCCUGGUUUGGUGUGUUGGCCACAAGUAGGCUGACUGAGCUGUGUAUGCAUCCUCAGAACCCCCGUCUCCUGGGUAGACCCCACACUUUCCCUUCUUGCAAUCUGAUUCUGUAAUGACUAUCAGUGGAGAAACCCAGUUUUAAUGCUUGUCAAAAAUAAGUUUGAACGUUUUAUGGUUGUUGACAAACCUUUAUCCUAAAACCCAUGAUUCAGUCUUUAAAACUUGUUUAGCGUUUAUACCAAAGGUCACACUCCACCGGUGUAUGCGGGGUGGGUGCACGGGGGUGAGGCCUGGAGGGCCUGGCACUGUGCCUACCGCUGAGGGGACACAGUGAGACAAUACGGGAUGUCAUUGAAAACACAUCAAUCAUGGGUCACACUACCAGUGUUGUCAGGUGUUUGUUCUUGUAAUAUAUUUUCAGGUGUUUUGUUUUUCUAAUUUAAUUCUCUCACCCUGUUGUCUGACUGUGAACUGCUAACAGUGUUAAACUUGAUGUAAAUAAAUGAGGCCCUUGAAAGGGGAAUGCUGUCUGCCUGUUGUCUCACAAGGCUUGCCAACUUGUGUUUUAUUUUAAAUAAAGGUUGCAAUAUUUUAUUGGCAAA